GACCGCUCUCUAUCUCUCUCUACCGUGGGAUUGCUGAUGGAGGUGCGAGAAAAUGGAACUCUUAUCUUGCAAAGCACUCGAUGAACUUUUCUACAGGGCAACUCGUGUUAUCAAAACCCCUCGUGGCUUUGGACCCUUGAAAUUUCAUUGGGUUUUCUCCCAGUUCCCUUUCCAAACUCUCCAACCCAGUUGAAUUGAAUAUCUUCCAAGGGACAAACUCUGAAUUUCUAUUUUCCAAGUCUAGAUUGCGGGUGGGUGUAUUUAAAGGGGAAAGCCUGGUCAUAGUCAUAGCCAUCUUUCAACUUGUAACAUUGAAGCUAGUGGGGCUUUGGUUUCCUUCGUGGGAACUGUACGGUUUUAGACAUUUGCAGGUAGAGGUUUACCUUACAGCAAACCGAAACUUGUUGCCUGCAAAUUUAUUAUGGGCUUAUCGCUUUCGUUGGUCAUUUCGGCUUGGGAAGAAAUUGUGAGACACAGGGUUUUUGGUUUGGCCUACAAAAUCAAUUCUUCCUCAGAAGAUGGGGAGAUAACAUGGAGAACUGAUAGCUUUAAGGAAACAGAUUCAGGAACCAGCCCCAAGUCAAAUAGGUCGGAUGGGAUUAAUUCCUGUAAUUCAAAAAGGUUGAAGAAUCUCAACCCAGUAAAAAUUAUGCUUGAAACAACUGUUUCAUUCAAGAAUUUAAUUCAAGACAAAGAAAACCCAUCUCCAAAUACUUUGAAUGGCAAAUCCGAUGGAAGUAAACCAAUGUCCACAAUUUCUGUUCCUGAAUCACCAAUAUUUUUUUCACCAAGACCAGUUAGCGAGCUUGAUGCUGCUGCAGUUAAAGUUCAGAAAGUCUAUAAAAGUUAUCGAACUCGAAGAAACCUAGCAGAUUGUGCAGUUGUGGUUGAGGAGCUCUGGUGGAAAGCAUUAGACUUUGCAGCUCUCAAGAGGAGCUCGGUUUCAUUCUUCAACGUCGAGAAACCAGAAAGUGCUGUUUCGCGGUGGGCAAGGGCGAGGACGAGAGCUGCCAAGGUGGGAAAGGGUUUGUCCAAAGAUGAGAAAGCCCAAAAGCUAGCUCUACAACACUGGCUUGAAGCUAUUGAUCCAAGGCAUCGUUAUGGACACAAUUUGCACUUGUACUAUGAUGUCUGGUUCGAGAGCGAGAGCAGUCAACCUUUCUUCUUCUGGUUGGAUGUCGGAGAUGGCAAAGAAGUAAAUCUUGAGGUCUGCCCAAGGGCCAACCUGCAGCGUCAAUGCAUCAAAUAUCUUGGACCGAAAGAAAGGGAAGCUUAUGAAGUAGUGGUUGAAGAUGGAAAGCUUGUGUAUAGACAGACUGGCUUGUUUGUGGAAACUGUUGAGGGUUCCAAGUGGAUUUUUGUUCUCAGCACAUCAAGGGCUUUGUAUGUGGGGCAGAAGAAGAAAGGCCUGUUCCAGCAUUCAAGUUUUCUUGCUGGUGGAGCCACCACUGCUGCUGGAAGAUUAGUUUCCCAUGAUGGGAUUCUUGAGGCUAUAUGGCCUUAUAGUGGCCACUAUCACCCAACAGAAGAGAAUUUCAGGGAAUUCAUUAGCUUCCUUCAGGAGCACAAUGUAGACCUCACUAAUGUCAAGAGGUAUGCAAUAGAUGAUGACUCGACUUCAUUUAAAGUUGAUGAGGAACCAAAGCCAGAGCCAACGGUGUCUCCCACCAAAACUAUUGAAUCCAAGGCUGCGAUUGCAGCAAACGCAGAUGGUCCCCCCAAGGAAAUAGUGAUCACAAGCCUUGACCAAGAAGACCACAAGGGCACCAGUGAUGGUAAGGCUAAAGCACCAAUAUUUGACAUGGCAAAUCGCCUGUCCUGCAAAUGGACCACGGGAGCUGGGCCUCGAAUCGGAUGUGUUAGGGACUACCCAGCAGAGCUACAAGUCCGGGCUCUUGAACAAGUCAACCUAUCGCCUCGAGUCAAUCCUGGCCCAAUUGGCAAUUACGGCCCAAUCCCUUCGCCGAGGCCCAGCCCAAAGGUCCGGCUGUCACCCAGGCUUGUCUACAUGGGCCUCCCGAGCCCGAGGACUGCCAUUGCUGCAGCAAACUAGGCCCAUUUGUCAACGGGGAAAGUGCCUUGGUUUGUUGGGCUUGGCCAGAUUGCACCUCAAAUGGGGCAUUUCUGGUGCCUCCCCUGUGUCAGGUUUCAUUAGCAAAUCAAGUGAGCAUAGAGGAACUUAAAAUUUAUCCCCCACCCCCAAAUUUGGUGUAUACCUUUAUUCUCAUUGUAGAUGAUUUACUUUAAGCCUAAUUUUUUGCCCAAUUCGACAUUCCUUUUGUUGGAUUGGGUUUCAUAUAUUUUUCUUGUAAACAGAAGUCGAGAUCAGUGUUUCUCGCAAUGGAAAAUGCAAUUUUUAUACUUCAA